UCUCUAAAUAUAUAGGUAUCCAGGGUGAGGGUGAGGCUACGAACUUUCACCCUCACCCUGGAUACCUAGAUAUUUAGAGAUUUAACUCUUGAAAGAUAUACUGAACAGUUACCGUUAUUUGUAACUGUUCAGCAGUUACCGUUACCGGGUAGCGGUGGUAAAGGUAACUGGUAACUGUCACAGCCCUAUUCUGACCAAUUGCACUGUUGAUUUAUUGUACGAUUUUAUCUGAUAAACGUUAUAUUGUAUCGCUACUAAAACGUCGUUCACUCAGAUUUUAACUUAAAACUGAUUCCGCUUAAAUCACAGAAUAUACGGAUUCUCAGUUUUAUUUUCAAUCAUAAUAUAUAUUUUCUGUGAUCCAAAAAAAGUCAGAUCAAACUAUUAUUUUCUUUCUGUCACGUUUUUUACUUGUCAAGUUCCUGAGAAAAUUAAAAAUAUUAAAAAUUUAAUUCAAACUUUAGUAAGACUAAAGUGAGCGAAGUUGUACAGUGUUACGUCCAGUACCCAAUAUUUUCUGAAGUUUUAGAUCUGUUUUUUACAAAUAUAUCUAAGCAAGUUUUAUAGUUUGUGAUAAACAUCCUACAAAUCAAAUUUACAAUAUAGAAAAUUUACAAUGAUCUGAUUCUAGUUGGAAUUUAUAGUCCAAAUACUAUUUAGAUGAGAUUGCUUUUAAAAGCUGAUUUAUACUUUUUUUCUGUUUAAAGCUCGAUAUGUGUACACAACAAAGGUUAUAUUAACUGUAUAGUAAUAAAACGUUUUCUAAACAGAAAAUGGCCUUUAAUUCAAGAUUCUGAGGAAAGAACAACCAGUUUUGAGUGCGUUAGUAUAAGGAAAGGUUCAAUCUCUAGGGUUGUACAUUUUCAUGUGAAUGUCUCUUUUUCUAGAUUAUAAAUUUAUGAUGAAUAAAAUGAGGCUAUCAUAACAAUGAUACGUCAUUUAUUUAACUUUUUAACGCAAAAAUCGCAUUAUCAUUUCUGUCAAACUUCAUAUACAGCGAUUAAAUUUGUUCGUUUUGUAUCUUCAACAAAUCUUUCAAAUAAAAGUAAUAGGCUUAGCAAAUAUGAACAUGUUCAGAAACCAUCAGAAAAUUCUCCGUUAGAAAAUGUAUCUUAUCUAUCAAAUGAAUUGGUAUUGGAAAAUGGUGCCAGUGUUUUACACGCAUUCGAUUAUCGCACAAUAUUAAUUGAACAAUUAAAAUUUCGCAAAGAUCGUUAUGUAACCGAAGAAGAAUGGAAACAAUUACACAAUGAUUGCAGUGAAAAAUCAAAACAAUUGUUUCCAUCAUUGACUAUGAUUGUAUGUGAAACAUUAAAACAUGUUGAACGUGGUCGUUCACUAUUUAAGUAUACUGAAAAAUAUCAUCAGCAAUCGAUAAAUAAUACAGCCAUUGCCACAUAUAUGAGUUUAUUAUCGUUAAAUUAUUUUUCAUCUUUAUCCAUAGUGGGAGAUAAAUCAUCAUCUGUAUGGUCUGAUGAAAUUUUACGAUUGUACAAUUUAAUUAAACAAUCUCAAAUAAAACAUUUUUCAUCUCAAACAGCCACAAAUAUCAUUAAAGGUUUAUCAGUUACAAAUCAAUGGGAACUAUGUUAUCAAUAUUUACCAUUUGUCGAUGAUGAAAAUCAUUGUCUAGCUAUUACAAAUGUGGUGCUUGCUGCACUUCAUGCAGACGAUAUUCUAUCGGCAAUAAAACUUAUUACAAAUUUAUCAUGUACUGCUGCUAAUAAUACAUAUCCAAUUACCGAUAUAAUACACGAUAUUUUUCGCAAUUUAAAUCCACAAAAUAAAGAAUCUCUUCAAUUUAUUGAACAUGUAUUCAAAUAUUUAUCUCGAAUUGAUUCAUUUAUUAACAAACCGGCUGUAGAUAAAAUGUUCUUUUAUUUUUCCAACUACAAAUAUGAAUCAUUUGACUUUGGCACCACCUAUGCUUAUUCAAAUGGUACUUGUGAAAAACUGCCAGGGUUGUGUUUGGAACCAGCUGAAAUUACGGAUGAAGAGUUUAAUAUACUACGUCAAUACUUGAUGGAGAGUGCAUAUGGUGAAAAAGAAGUUUAUAAUACUACAACACCAGCUGAAUUUAAGCGUUUUCAAUCGUUUUUAAAUGGAUCAAAUUUUACAACAGUCGUUGACGGUUUAAAUGUGUUAUAUGGAGUGGGCAGAUUUGGAACUGAUUCAUCAAACGUUAUGGAUAAAACGACCAAAAUUUUGAAAAAAAUGAAUAUAAAUCCUAAAAAUAUGCUGUUUAUUGCACGAAAACAUGUUAUGAAGCGAUUAACACCCGAUGUCCAAUUAGCGUUAAAAUCUAUGUGUCAGCUAUUUUUAGUAGAUGAUACAUCUCGUGAUGAUUGGUUUAUAUUAUACGCCGCAUUUUAUUCUAAAGCUCAAAUUGUCACUUCAGACAUAUUACGCAAAGAACGUGGAUUUUUUAAUGGUGCAGCCGGGAAAACAAGUAAAAUUAAUUUAUUAUUUCAAAAAUGGCUUUAUCGAUAUCAAUACUUGUGGGUAAAAGUCGGAUAUAAAGCACCAAUGGCUCAUAAAUUACGUGCUCAAUAUCGAGACGAUGUUUGGCUAAUACCAUAUUUUGAUCAACCACCAGUUUCGGUUGGUGAACGACCAGAACAGUGGUUUUACGUUUAUAAAAAAGAUGAGCAAAAGACAAAGUUAUUAAAACAAACAUCAUCAAACUUUAGAUCUUCUGCUCCAGUUGCACAAAAGACAAGACGAAACAUAUUAAUCGUAGACGAAUAAAUUGAUUAGGCUUGUUUUCUGUAUGUUUCUGUAUAGGAAAAUAAAACUCAGAUAUGUCAUAAAAAUACGAAAGUUGAGUGAAUGGUUGUUUGUUGAUCUAGUAGUUUCUGUCUUUAUAUCUACGCGAACAUAAUCGUAGAAAACAAUCCAAAGCUUCAUUCAGCUAUUUUUAGUUUUUUUAAGAUGACCGCAAUUUAUUACGCACUGAGCCCCGAGGUGAACGACUGAUAGAAAUGUUUCUGUUUUUCAUCCUUUUCUAAUUUGGUCUUAGUCCAGCUGCUCUAUUAUUGUUGACGAGAAAUCCUUGCGUAAUAUGUCUGAAGUGACAAUUUGAGCUUUAGAAUAAAAUGCGGCG